CUCAGCUUUCCGUCACUCUUCGGUCGCUUUUUUUUUAAGCAUUGUUAGCUCGGAUCCAGCCCUCACCUACAACAAUGAGGCGUCCAAUGCCCUCCAUCUUGGCCCGUCGGCCGUGGAUCUGCACCCAAUGUCGAGCCCGCUAUUCCUCCGUUGCGCCGGCUUCGAAUCUCCGCGCUGGCAAUAAGAAGACCAAUCUCCCUACUUCGCCUGCCAGAACUCGAUUCGCGCCUUCUCCGACUGGGUAUCUUCAUCUGGGGUCUUUGCGGACAGCGCUGUUCAACUACCUUCUGGCGAAACGUACGGGGGGCCAGUUCCUGCUGCGCAUUGAGGAUACGGAUCAGAAACGUACGAUUCCGGAUGCUGAGCAGAGGCUUUAUGAUGAUUUGCGGUGGGCUGGGUUGCACUGGGAUGAAGGCCCGAUUGUCGGAGGUCCGUAUGGUCCUUACAGACAGUCCGAACGCACCGCAAUCUACCGCACACACGCGCACGAGCUGAUCCAGAACGGCCACGCCUACCGCUGCUUCUGCUCCGCCGACCGACUGGACGCUUUCGCCAGACAUCGCAGCCAAGCUGGAUUGCCGGCCGGUUACGAUAGAAAAUGCGGCGAGGUUUCCGCGGAAGAGUCCGAAGAGAGGGCGGCCAAUGGCGAAGCUCAUGUUGUCCGGUUGAAGGUGGAGGGAUACCCGAUGUUCAAUGACCUAGUGUACGGCAAGACGGGCCAGAACCGCUCGCCAAACAAGUUGGAUCUUAUCGAGCGGGUGUACGAUGAUCCUAUCCUGAUCAAGUCCGACGGACACCCGACCUACCAUCUGGCGAACGUGGUGGAUGAUCAUUGCAUGAAGAUCACCCAUGUCAUUCGAGGAACGGAAUGGAUGCCCUCGACCCCGCUGCACGUCGCUCUCUACAAUGCCUUCAAGUGGACGCCGCCCCAAUUCGGCCAUGUACCUCUACUCGUGGACCAGACGGGACAGAAGCUCAGCAAGCGCAAUGCGGAUAUCGACCUCACCUUCUUCAAAGACACCCAGGGCGUCUUUGCGGCGACUCUCGUGAACUUUGCUGCCCUUCUGGGCUGGUCACACACCCAAAAGUCGGACAUCUUCAAUCUGGAAGAGCUGGAGCAACUCUUCAACCUCAAAAUCACGCGCGGAAACACAGUCGUCGCCUUCGAGAAGCUCUGGUUCCUCCAGAAGGCGCACGCCCAACGCUUCGCCGCCACCGAGGGCCCCGAGUUUUCUGAAAUGGUGACCAAAGUCUCCCAAGUGGUCGAGAACACCUACUCAGCCGAGCAACUCGCACCCAUCCUCCAACCUCGCCCUCUAACCAACUACAUCCCCCCACUCCUCCGCGCAGACGCCAAAUCUUACACCAACGCGUCCGACUUCGUCACCCGCAACUCCACCUUCUUCACCACAACCCUAACCCGACCCCCCUACACCCCAGCCUCCCCCACCAACACCAUCCCAAUGACAUCCCUCCACACCGCAUGCGCAGCCCUCACCCUCGUCCCUCCUUCCCACUGGACCCUCGAAACCCACCGCGCCAACAUCACCGCCUACGACGGCACCACCACCCCCACCACUCCAGCAGAAUCAACUACCCCCGAGGAGGCCGAAAAGGCUCGCAAAACAGCCGACAAAGCCUUCAAAAAGGAACUCUACCACUACCUUCGUUGGGCCUUGUCCGCCGGUGCCCCGGGCCCGGGUAUCCCCGAGACAAUGCACAUCCUCGGCUACGACGAGACGAUGCGUCGACUACAGGAGGCAAAGAAAUCGACGAUGAAUUUGGUGCCCGCGCCGACGAGGAGAGCCAAGCAGGGUCCUGAGUCGUUGGGGACUGAUCGGUCCUGGAUGGGUUCGCUGGCGCCUUCGUCUUAGUCUUCAUCUAAGCUCAGACAGAUGGAGAUGGAGUGUUGUAUAUGCUCCGCUAUGCGAUGCAGUGAGUGUAUGGUUAUCUAUCUAUCUACUUAGUUGGAGGAUAGCUAGUUGGCUAUAUGUGGAGAUAGAUAGUGUACAAGUAAGUAUGAGUGUACAACAAAUGUAAAAUAGAACCACUC